CCCCUCCAUCAUCCAAUCACCCCUCUCUCUCUCUCUCUCUCUCCAAAAAUAUAGUCAACAAUGGCAGGGACAAACACAACGGCUGUUGCUGCAAGUGCUGAUUUCGAAGAUCUGUUGCCGGUGAUGGCUAAUAAAUUGGGAGGAGAGGGUCUGAUAAGGGAGCUGUGUAAUGGGUUUGGGCUUUUGAUGGACAGAGACAGAGGUCUCAUCACGUUCGAGAGCUUGAAGAAGAACUCUGCUCUUCUUGGGUUACAGGACUUGAGCGAUGACGAGCUUCUGAGUAUGGUCAGAGAAGGUGACGUGGACGGUGAUGGGGCUCUCAAUCAGAUGGAGUUUUGUGUUUUGAUGUUCAGAUUGAGUCCUGAUUUGAUGGACGAAUCUGAGGCUUGGCUUGAUCGAGUUCUGGAGUUGGAGCUCGGGACUGGUUGGUUCGACGAUGAUGGCAAGUGAUCGAAAUUGACAAGGUUGACCUUAACUUUUUUGUUUUACCAAGGAGGAAGAGGAAACGUCGUCGUCUUUUAGUUCUGUAAAUUGAUUUUAUUUUUUAUUUUUACGUUUGUUUUAUCAUUAAUAGAAACAACAUGUUGAUUUUUACUGAUUUUGUUCGUGUUGAAAUAGAAAAAAUACACAUUUGUAGUCAAAAUGGAGGACUGGGUAUUUGUUUUGAUUGUACAAUUCAUCAUAAAUAUUUCCUAUUCCUUCA